CCGGGCGGCGGCGCGGCGUUCCGCCGUCGGUGCUAGAGGGCGACCGCGGGGCGCCGAGCCCGCCUGGCUCGGCGGCGCCGGAGCGCGGAGGCAGCGCGGAGGGGCCGCCGCCGCCGCCGCCGCCAUGGGCAACGCGGGGAGCGUGGACUCGCAGCAGACGGAGCUCCGGGCGCACAGCGUGCCCCUCAAGCUGCCCAUGCCCGAGCCCGGCGAGCUGGAGGAGCGCUUCGCCGUCGUGCUGAAUGCGAUGAACUUGCCGCCCGACAAAGCCCGGCUGCUGCGGCAGUACGACAACGAGAAGAAGUGGGAGCUCAUCUGCGACCAGGAAAGGUUUCAAGUGAAGAACCCUCCGCACACGUACAUCCAGAAGUUGAAGGGCUAUCUGGACCCGGCAGUGACCAGGAAGAAAUUCAGAAGACGAGUCCAAGAGUCUACUCAAGUACUCCGAGAACUGGAAAUUUCUUUGAGAACAAAUCACAUUGGAUGGGUCAGGGAGUUCUUGAAUGAAGAAAACAAAGGCCUGGACGUUCUGGUGGAGUACUUGUCGUUCGCACAGUACGCAGUCACUUUUGACUUCGAGAGUUUGGAGAACAAUGUGGAAAACUCGAUGGACAAGUCCAAACCUUGGAGCCGAUCUAUUGAAGACCUGCACAGAGGCAGCAAUUUACCCUCGCCAGUUGGCAAUAACAUCUCCCGCUCUGGCAGGCACUCGACUUUACGGUACAAUACCUUGCCAAGCCGAAGAACGCUAAAAAAUUCCAGAUUAGUGAGUAAAAAAGACGAUGUUCACGUCUGCAUCAUGUGUUUACGGGCCAUAAUGAACUACCAGUACGGAUUCAAUAUGGUCAUGUCGCAUCCACAUGCUGUCAAUGAAAUUGCACUAAGUUUGAACAACAAGAAUCCCAGGACAAAGGCCCUCGUCUUAGAACUCUUAGCCGCUGUUUGUCUCGUCAGAGGAGGGCAUGAAAUCAUUUUGUCUGCGUUUGAUAACUUCAAGGAGGUGUGUGGAGAGAAACAGCGCUUUGAGAAGCUGAUGGAGCACUUCCGAAAUGAAGACAACAAUAUAGACUUUAUGGUGGCCUGCAUGCAGUUCAUCAACAUCGUUGUCCACUCGGUGGAGGACAUGAACUUCCGAGUCCACCUGCAGUAUGAAUUUACAAAACUGGGCCUGGACGAGUACCUGGACAAAUUGAAACACACAGAGAGCGACAAACUGCAGGUGCAAAUUCAAGCUUAUCUGGAUAACGUUUUUGACGUGGGAGCAUUACUGGAGGACGCCGAAACCAAGAAUGCAGCCCUGGAAAGAGUUGAAGAACUGGAAGAAAAUAUUUCCCAUCUUUCUGAAAAACUCCAAGAUACGGAGAAUGAAGCUAUGGCAAAGAUUGUGGAACUGGAAAAACAGCUUAUGCAAAGAAACAAAGAACUGGAUGUGAUUCGGGAAAUCUACAAAGAUGCAAAUACCCAGGUUCACACCUUGAGAAAAAUGGUGAAAGAAAAAGAGGAAGCCAUCCAGCGACAGUCAACGCUGGAGAAAAAGAUCCAUGAACUGGAGAAGCAGGGGACCAUUAAGAUCCAGAAGAAGGGUGAUGGUGACAUCUCUAUUCUUCCUGUGGCUCUGGCCUCUGGGAUGGUGCCGGCAGGCUCAGAGGCUGUGGCUGGCGCGUGUGUCACACCGGUUGCUGGAGCAGCAACUACUGUCCCCUUGCCACCACCUCCACCACCAUUACCAGCCUUAGCAGCAGCAUCUGAGGCAGUGCAAAACGGCCCUGUGACGGUGCCAAUGCCGCCUCCACCCCCGCCUCCACCGCCGCCUCCACCACCACCACCUCCUCUCCCAGGUCCAGCUUUGGACACCGCUCCUGCGGCUCCGCUGCCCCCGCCGCCCCCGCCGUCAGCUCCCCCCCUGCCCGGGACAGCCUCUCCCACCGUGGUUUUCAACUCAGGGCUUGCAGACGGGCCAAUCAAGCUCUUCUCUGUGAAAAUCAAGAAGCCGAUCAAGACCAAGUUCCGCAUGCCAGUGUUCAACUGGGUCGCCCUCAAACCCAACCAGAUCAAUGGGACAGUCUUCAACGAAAUAGAUGACGAAAGGAUCCUGGAGGAUUUAAAUGUGGAUGAAUUUGAAGAAAUAUUCAAAACAAAAGCCCAAGGUCCAGCCAUUGAUCUUACUUCAAGCAAGCAAAAAAUAACUCAGAAAGGGUCGAACAAAGUCACGUUACUGGAUGCAAACAGGGCCAAAAACCUUGCCAUUACUUUAAGGAAAGCUGGAAAGACGGCAGAUGAAAUAUGCAAAGCUAUUCAUGUGUUUGACCUGAAAACGCUACCAGUGGAUUUCGUGGAAUGCCUCAUGCGGUUCCUGCCCACCGAGAACGAAGUGAAAGUGCUGCGGCUCUAUGAGCGGGAAAGGAAACCCAUCGAGAACCUGUCCGACGAAGACCGGUUCAUGAUGCAGUUCAGCAAGAUCGAGAGGCUGAUGCAGAAAAUGACCAUCAUGGCCUUUAUAGGCAACUUCGCAGAAAGCAUCCAGAUGCUGACCCCGCAACUUCACGCAAUAAUAGCUGCGUCUGUCUCAAUAAAGUCAUCCCAAAAGCUUAAGAAAAUACUGGAGAUAAUCUUGGCUCUCGGUAACUACAUGAACAGCAGUAAACGAGGAGCUGUGUAUGGAUUUAAACUACAGAGUUUAGACCUGCUCUUAGAAACAAAGUCAACAGACCGAAAGCAAACCCUGUUGCACUAUAUUUCUAAUGUUGUCAAGGAGAAGUACCAGCACGUAUCCCUCUUUUACAACGAGCUUCAUUACGUGGAGAAGGCUGCUGCAGUAUCUCUUGAAAAUGUCCUCUUGGACGUGAAAGAGCUCCAGAGGGGCCUGGAUCUGACAAAGCGUGAGUACACCAUGCACGACCACAACACAAUGCUGAAGGAGUUCAUUCAGAACAAUGAAGGAAAGCUGAAGAAACUGCAGGAUGAUGCCAAAAUAGCCCAGGAUGCCUUUGAUGAUGCUGUGAAGUACUUUGGGGAGAAUCCCAAGACAACACCCCCCUCAGUCUUUUUCCCAGUGUUUGUCCGAUUUGUGAAGGCCUACAAGCAAGCAGAAGAAGAGAAUGAGUUGAGAAAAAAGCAGGAACAGGCCUUAAUGGAAAAACUUAUGGAGCAAGAAGCACUGAUGGAGCAGCAGGACCAAAAGUCUCCUUCACAUAAAACAAAGAGACAGCAGCAAGAGCUAAUUGCAGAGCUCAGACGGCGACAAGUCAAGGAUAAUAGGCAUGUGUAUGAAGGGAAGGAUGGUGCUAUUGAAGACAUUAUAACAGCCCUAAAGAAGAAUAAUAUCACUAAAUUUCCAAAUGUUCACUCGAGGGUAAGGAUUUCUUCUAGCACACCGGUGGUGGAGGAUACACAGAGCUGAUCUUAGAAACCAGCCAUACCGACGGGCCGAUGCGGUGAGGAGAAGCGUCCGGCGGCGCUUCGAUGAUCAGAACUUGCGCUCUGCAAACGGUGCUGAAAUAACCAUGUGAGCUGGAGACCUGCGCGUGUAAAGUCGAGGGGGUGCUCGAGCGAUACCUUGUCCAUGUGAACUGUGUGUUCUGCCACUUACUUACAGCCUUGGGAACGGUAACGUUGCUUUCUAAAGGGCUCAAAGACCUAGAAAAUGCAUAGGAACGUCAGCGAUGGGCUCUCCACUCAACUGUAGCUAACAAGUGCCUAAAACUGAAGUACCUGCUCAAAUUAAUCAAAGCAAUAGGACUUGAUUUGAUUGGGUAUCUUUUUACACCAAUACUUUAUUCAGUAUUUUUAACCAAAAUGUAAAAUAUGUGUUGUUUUUGGGUGUUUAGUUUGGUUUGAUUAUAUAAAAGUUUAGUGAUCGGUCUUCUGUUGACCUUACCUGGAUCCCGACUGGUUGUAAACAGGUAGUACUUGGAUGUGCUCUGCUGCAAGCUCCCUGAGCUCUUAAACGCAUUCCUGCGCUGUCAGCUGAGGGAUUAACCUUGGCUUCAGAUGCACUUAUUGGCUUUUUUUUUUU